AUGGUGAGAGGGAAGACGCAGAUGAAACGUAUAGAGAACGCAACAAGUAGACAAGUGACAUUUUCAAAGAGAAGAAAUGGUUUGAUGAAGAAAGCUUUUGAGUUAUCAGUUUUGUGUGAUGCUCAAGUUGCUCUUAUUGUUUUCUCACCAAGUGGAAGACUUUAUGAGUUUGCAAGCUCAAGCAUUUUAGAAACAAUUGAUCGAUACCGCAGUCAUAGCCAGGUUAAUAAUACUCCAACAACAUCUGAAUCUGCUGAAAAUACUCAGCAUUUGAAGGAAGAAGCAGAAAACAUGAUGAAAAAGAUUGAUCUUCUCGAGACUUCAAAACGGAAACUCUUAGGAGAAGAUUUAGGGACUUGUUCCAUUAAUGAACUACAAAAAAUAGAGCAACAGUUGGAGAAGAGUAUAACCAAAAUUCGAGCAAAAAAGGCUCUGGUCUUCAGGGAACAAAUUCACCAGCUAAAAGAAAAGGAAAAUGCCCUAGUUGCUGAAAAUGUCAGGCUGUCUGAGAUGUAUGGUAGUUAUUCAUCACAUCAAGCAAAAAAAAAUGAAAAAGAAAAUAUAGGUGAAGGUGAAGGUAAUGCAGAUCAGAGUAGUCCAAAUUCAGAUGUGGAGACUGAAUUAUUCAUUGGUCUUCCAGAAACAAGAACAAGGCGUAUUAAUUUAGAACGGAGACGAAUCUAA